UAUAACUCUAUAAUAAAUUGUAGUCUAGUUAAGUAAAAAACAUGUCAAAAGAAAUUAGGAGAUCUACAAAAGAAUCGUUGGGCAAAAUAAGCAUUGGAUUACGGCGACGUACGAGUGCCAAGCAAAGAUUGGUCAGGACCUAUCAACCGACAUAUCAGUUGAACCCUCGAAAGCGUUUUAACACAGAGAUCAUCGAGAAGAUUCUACGACGCAUAGUGGACUCAGAAUUGGAAGAAAUAGAGUACAGCGAGAAAGCUAUUCCUGAGUUAUGCGCAAGUUUAGCGGAUAAUAUACGCACAGCAAUUAAAGAAGAGAACUAUGACAGAUAUCGUAUAAUAGUACUAGUGACUAUCGGUCAGCGACGCCAGCAAAGUGUGCACAUGUUCCAUUCAUUCCUCUGGGAUCACGACCGAGAUGCUUUCGCGUCCUACAAUUUUGAGAAUUGCCAGAUCUAUGCUAACGUGGUUGUUUAUGGUGUGUACUUGGACUGAUUAUGAUUGAAUAAAUUGUACGAUGUAA